CGGGAUGGGGAGGAAUCGCUCCAGGGGGAAAGAGCCGCCGCAAUGAGCUGGAGUUUCCACCCCUGGGGAGUUCCUGAACCGGGAGUCCCGCUCUGUGGAUACAAUGCGGUGACGCUGGGUUAGCAGGAAAUAGUAAAUAAAGCCAUUGUUUCCCCUACUUGGAGAAAUGACCAGUACAGAAGAAGCAGGAUGAAAAGAUGGCCGACUUCUUGUUACCAUCGGGUUCUAAUAGCUUCCACCGGUUCACUCCUGAAUCCUUGGCCGCUAUUGAGAAGCGAAUUGCAGAGAAACCUGCAAAGAAUGCUAAGCAGGAGCACAGAGAUCAGCCAGAUGAUGAAGAAAAGCCUCGGCCUCAGUUUGACUUACAAGCUUGCAAAAAGUUGCCUGGUAUCUAUGGGACUCUUCCUCCAGAGCUCAUUGGGGAACCACUGGAGGAUCUCGACCCUUACUACAGUAACCACAAGACAUUUAUAGUACUGAACAAAGGGAAGACAAUCUUUCGAUUUAGUGCCACUCAUGCCUUGUAUAUACUUAGUCCUUUUCAUCCAGUCAGAAGAGCAGCAAUUAAAAUUUUGGUACAUUCAUUGUUCAGUAUGUUUAUUAUGUGCACUAUUUUAACCAACUGUGUGUUCAUGGCACAAUCGGAGGUUCAAUCAUGGAAUAAAUAUGUUGAGUACACUUUCACUGGCAUUUACACUUUUGAAUCAUUGAUAAAAAUACUGGCAAGAGGAUUUUGUAUGACAGAAUUCACCUUCCUUCGGGAUCCAUGGAAUUGGCUGGAUUUCAGUGUCAUUGUUAUGGCAUACAUAACUGAAUUUGUGGACCUGGGCAAUGUCUCAGCCUUACGAACGUUCAGAGUACUUCGGGCGCUGAAAACAAUCUCAGUCAUUUCAGGAUUGAAGACCAUCGUAGGUGCACUGAUCCAGUCUGUUAAGAAACUUGCUGAUGUGAUGAUCCUGACCGUUUUCUGCUUGAGUGUCUUUGCCCUUAUAGGCCUCCAGCUCUUUAUGGGCAAUUUGAGACAUAAGUGUGUCAGGAACUACACCGAAUUUAACUCUACCAAUGGCACAUUUGAUUCAGGCAUUAAGAAGUGGAAUUCCUUGGAUGAUUUUCUUAAUGAUCCAGAAAACUACUUCAUAAAAAAUGGCACUUCGGACGCACUACUCUGUGGCAACAGCUCAGAUGCUGGCACGUGUCCAACGGGAUAUAGAUGCCUAAAGGCUGGUGAAAAUCCUGAUCAUGGCUAUACAAGCUUUGAUACUUUUGGCUGGGCCUUUCUCUCUUUGUUCCGCCUGAUGACACAGGAUUACUGGGAGCGUCUCUAUCAACAGACUCUGAGAUCUGCUGGGAAGAUCUACAUGCUUUUUUUUAUGCUGGUCAUCUUUCUGGGCUCAUUUUAUCUGAUCAACUUGAUCCUGGCUGUAGUAGCCAUGGCUUAUGAAGAACAGAACCAAGCCACUAUUGCUGAAACAGAGGCAAAGGAAAGGAAGUUUCGGGAAGCCAUGGAAAUGUUGAAGAAAGAGCAGGAGGCACUGGCUGCUAGAGGAAUUGAUUCACUGUCACUUAGCUCAUUUGAAAUGUCACCUUUAGCAUCCAAAAAUGCCAAAGAGAGAAGAAAUAGGAGAACGAAAAAGAGGUCCUUGGGGGUUGAAGAUUAUGGGGAAGACCAAAAGGUUCCCAAAUCUGAGUAUGAUGGUGGUCAGCGAAGAAUGACUCUGCUUGACAUUAGCUAUGGUCCAAAUGCAAACUCAGUGAAGCGCAGAGCCAGCCAUGGAAGUAUAUUCAGUUUCCGAUUCCGUGGCAGAGACAUUGGCUCCGAAACAGAUUUUGCCGACGAUGAGAUCAGCACUGCCGGGGAAAAUGAAAGCCAGCGUGGCUCACUCUUAAUUCCAAGGAUUGGGAGACGUUCAAGCAUGCAAAGUCAAGCAAGCCAUAGCUCUCACCCUCCUACUCCAAACUACAUGCAGAAUGGCAAGAGGAACAGCUCAGUGGAUUGCAAUGGUGUGGUUUCCUUGAUAGGAGGAGGCACCGGGGCGCACAACCCAGAUGCAACAUCUCCUUCAGGGUUACUGCUGCCCCCAGUUAUUAUGGAAAACCCUGGGACAGGCGACGUGACCUCUCCAUCUGAUGAGGCAAGCAAGAAGCAGCUUUUGAUGCCCCAUCGCCUUUCAGUGGACCAUUGUGACCAGCCAUUUCAAAGACAACGAGCAGUGAGUGCAGUCAGUAUCAUUACCAGUGCCAUGGAAGAGCUUGAGGAAUCACAACAGCGAUGUCCUCCAUGCUGGAAUCAUUUUGCCGUUAAAUUUCUCAUUUGGGAUUGCUGUCCAUUGUGGUUGUUAAUCAAGAAACAUGUGAAGUUUGUGGUAAUGGAUCCAUUUACUGACCUCACAAUCACCCUUUGCAUUGUGAUGAAUACUCUCUUCAUGGCAUUGGAGCAUUACAAGAUGACAAAGGAGUUUGAUGACAUGCUUUACAUAGGCAAUCUGGUCUUCACUGGGAUUUUUACAGCAGAAAUGAUCUUCAAAAUAAUUGCCUUAGAUCCCUACUACUAUUUUCAGCAGGGCUGGAAUAUUUUUGACAGUAUAAUUGUUAUCCUAAGCCUAAUGGAACUGGGUUUAUCCAGCAUGGGAAAUCUGUCUGUUUUACGCUCAUUCAGAUUGCUGAGAGUCUUCAAAUUGGCAAAGUCCUGGCCAACCUUAAAUACUCUCAUUAAAAUCAUUGGUAACUCAGUGGGUGCCCUGGGUAACCUCACCCUGGUUCUGGCGAUCAUCGUCUUUAUUUUCGCUGUGGUAGGAAUGCAGCUUUUUGGAAAAGACUACUUACAAAAAGUCAGCAAGAUAAGCACUAAUAACAGUUUGCCCCGCUGGCACAUGAACGAUUUCUUCCAUUCGUUCCUUAUAAUAUUCCGAAUUCUCUGUGGAGAAUGGAUUGAAACCAUGUGGGAUUGUAUGGAAGUAGCUGGGCAACCAUUGUGCCUUCUCGUGUUCUUGCUGGUCAUGGUGAUAGGAAACCUAGUGGUGCUCAACCUGUUCCUUGCCUUGCUACUGAGUUCUUUUAGUGCUGACAACCUUUCAGCACCGGAUGAAGAUGGAGAGAUGAACAAUCUGCAGAUCGCUUUUGCUCGGAUCAACAGGGGGCUUCAGUAUGUGAAAAACACAACAUGGGAUUUCUGUUGUAAUUUACUUAGGCAUCCGAAGACGACAGCUGAAAAGAAGGCAAUGAUUAAACUUGCUGCCCAGAACACAGGUGUCCUUCACAACUAUGUGAAUAGCCAUACCACUGGAGAGAUUGGUAAAGAUGUGGAGAACCACAAAGAGAACCAUGCUGAUGAUGGGACUGACAAAAAUGGGCAGAAACUCCCAGUGAUUAGUGACAGUGAUGAUUUUCUGACCAACCCUGACCUGUCCAUCUGUGUUCCCAUUGCUGUGGGGGAGUCUGAUAUUGAAGAUCAAGAAGAUGAGGAGGAGCAGAGCACAUUCACAGAAAUGGAACAGGAAAAACAGCUGCAACUAAAGGGGCAGCAAUGCAAAAGCCCAGGAGUCCCGAGUCAGACCUCUGAGAUUUGUGAAGAGUUAAGUGAGUUGUCCGUGGAUAAACAAUUGAAGGCUGAGCUGCCUCCACCACCACCACCACUACUACUAGGGCAAAAAGAGCUUGAUGAAAACAGUCUCUCUGAAGGCAGCACAGUGGAUUUGAGAAAUUCUGCAGAGCUACUGGAACGGAUCUCCGAGCUGGCUGAUGAUUUAAUGGAACCUGAGAACUGUUUUCCAGAAGUCUGCGUCCGAUUCUUCCCUUGCUGUUCAGUGGACACCACAACAUUUUCAGGCAAAAUUUGGUGGAGGCUGAGGAAAACCUGCUACAGAAUAGUUGAACACAACUGGUUCGAAACUUUCAUCAUAUUCAUGAUCCUGCUGAGCAGCGGCACGCUGGCAUUUGAAGAUAUUUACCUUGAAGAGAGAAAAAACAUUAAAAUCCUGUUGGAAUAUGCUGACAAAAUUUUCACUUACAUCUUUGUCCUGGAGAUGCUUCUGAAAUGGGUGGCUUAUGGCUUCAAGAAAUAUUUCACCAAUGCCUGGUGCUGGCUCGACUUCCUAAUUGUAGAUAUUUCAGUUGUUUGCCUGAUAGCAACAACUCUUGACUAUGACCAGCUGGGCGCUAUGAAAUCUCUCAGAACACUGAGGGCAUUGCGGCCUCUCCGAGCCCUAUCCAGAUUUGAGAGCAUAAGGGUCUCUUUAAUAAGCCUCAUAGCUAACUCACUUGGAUACUCCGAAAUGGGUCCUAUUAAAUCCCUUAGGACUCUCCGAGCUUUGAGACCAUUAAGAGCAUUGUCACGAUUUGAAGGGAUGAGGGUGGUUGUGAAUGCCCUGUUAGGCGCCAUCCCUUCCAUCAUGAACGUUCUCCUCGUCUGCCUCAUUUUCUGGCUCAUUUUUAGCAUCAUGGGAGUGAACCUGUUUGCAGGAAAGUUUGGAAAAUGCAUUAACAAGACAGCAGGAGAUAUGCCUUUAGACUAUAAAGUUAUUAAUAACAUGAGUGAGUGCAUAAUCUAUAACGUGACAGGCAAUUUUUACUGGACAAAAGUUAAAGUCAACUUUGAUAACGUUGGUGCUGGUUACCUGGCUCUUCUACAGGUGGCAACAUUUAAAGGUUGGAUGGAUAUUAUGUAUGCAGCAGUAGAUUCACGAGGGUGUGAGGAGCAACCUGAAUGGGAAUAUAAUGUAUACAUGUACCUCUACUUUGUGAUUUUCAUCAUUUUCGGGUCUUUCUUCACGUUGAAUCUCUUCAUAGGUGUCAUUAUUGACAAUUUUAACCAACAAAAGAAAAAGUUAGGUGGGCAAGACAUCUUUAUGACAGAGGAACAGAAAAAGUAUUAUAAUGCAAUGAAAAAACUGGGCUCCAAGAAACCCCAAAAACCCAUCCCAAGGCCACUGAACAAAUACCAAGGUUUUAUCUUUGACAUAGUCUCAAAACAAGCCUUUGAUGUCUCCAUCAUGAUUCUCAUCUGCCUUAACAUGGUCACCAUGAUGGUGGAAACGGAUGACCAGAGUCUAGAAAAAGUGAACAUCCUUCAUAAAAUCAACAUGCUCUUUGUUGCCAUCUUCACAGCAGAGUGCAGCAUCAAAAUGUUGGCUUUAAGACACUACUAUUUCACCAAUGGCUGGAACAUAUUUGAUUUUGUUGUUGUGAUUCUAUCCAUUGUGGGUACCGUGCUUUCUGACAUCAUUCAAAAAUAUUUUUUCUCUCCUACACUCUUCAGAGUCAUUCGCUUGGCUCGGAUUGGCCGAGUCCUAAGACUUAUACGGGGAGCCAAAGGAAUUAGAACUCUCCUUUUUGCCUUAAUGAUGUCCCUUCCUGCUCUGUUCAACAUUGGUCUCCUCCUUUUUCUGGUCAUGUUUAUUUAUGCCAUUUUUGGAAUGGCUAAUUUUGCCUAUGUUAAAAAGGAGCAUGGGAUUGAUGACAUGUUCAACUUCCAAACCUUCGCUAACAGCAUGCUCUGUCUUUUCCAAAUUACAACCUCUGCUGGCUGGGACGGUCUUCUCAAUCCUAUUUUAAACACUGGACCUCCAUAUUGUGAUCCGAACCUAAAAAAUGCAAAUGGUUCAAAGGGAGACUGUGGAAGCCCUGCUGUAGGGAUUCUAUUCUUCGUUACUUAUAUCAUUAUAUCAUUUCUCAUUGUUGUAAACAUGUACAUAGCCAUUAUUUUAGAGAACUUCAGCGUAGCCACUGAGGAAAGUACAGAGCCUCUAGGUGAAGAUGACUUUGAUAUGUUUUAUGAAAUCUGGGAGAAGUUUGAUCCUGAAGCGACUCAAUUUAUUGAGUAUUCUGUGCUUUCAGACUUUGCAGAUGCUCUGGCAGAACCUUUACGCAUAGCAAAACCAAACAAAAUUAAACUCAUAGCCAUGGACCUUCCCAUGGUCAGCGGAGAUAGGAUCCACUGCUUGGAUAUUUUAUUUGCUUUUACCAAACGAGUACUAGGAGAAACUGGGGAAAUGGAUGCCCUUAAAAUACAGAUGGAGGAAAAGUUUAUGUCUGCCAAUCCAUCUAAAAUUUCUUAUGAACCAAUCACAACCACACUCAGACGGAAACAAGAGGAGGUUUCUGCCAUUAUUAUCCAGAGGGCCUACAGGAGUCAUUUGUUUCAACGCUUCUUGAAGCAGGCCUCUUUCUUAUACCGUCACCAGGCUUGUGAUGGCAACAUGCUUGAAGAUGAGGCACCUGAGAAAGAAGGUCUUAUUGCAUUCAUGACGAAUGAAAAUUAUGGUAGGCCAAUAGACAAAUCAGAAACUGUGUCCUCGACAUCUUUCCCUCCAUCCUAUGACAGUGUCACCAGAGCCACUAGUGACAACCUCCAGCUAAAGGUGACAGACUCUAGCAAAAGUGAUGAACCUGUAGAUUAUCUGCUAUCUCCAGACAGAGAUAAAGAAUCAAUUGUCUAAAUGUUUGCUUUAAAAUAUUGUUUACAGAAUGUAAUGCUGUAACUACACAACAAUUGAAGCAGCCUUCUUAUUAAAUAUUAGUUGCAAAAUAAACAAUGGAGUUUUUACCCUUAACUAUGGGAGUCGAUAAGUUAUAACCUUUGACCCUGCUCUUUUCACCAUUGCCCAAUGUUUAUAUAUGCACAGGAAGAAUCUGUGCAGGGUCAUAGCUGUUAUAUCAGUGGUGUGAUUAUGAAUAUGCUAGACUGUAAAACAGUAAACACAGUGUAUAUCUAUCCACAGAUAAAGCCAGGCUGUAAACAUUCAUUUAAGAUCUUACUCAUAUUAGUGUGUUUACUUAUGGCAAUGUAUGACCUUGCAUUCUAAAAAGAAAAAAAUAUAUCACAGCUGCUGUAGCAAAAUGUAACACUUACUGUAUAUGUUGUGAAUGGUCUUUCAUAAAUUUAUUAUAUUUGAUAUUUUUUUACUUAAAUCAAAUAAUUGUCUCUUUUUCCAUGGAGAUAGAUGAUCCUUACACCCGACAUGUUAAACUCUGAACCAAGGUAACAAUAAUUGGUGGGACUCCCAUCAUUCACAGAGGAAAGUUGUUGCAAAAUAAAAUAUUUAAUCAACAACAUAUAUGACCUCCACUUUGGGACAUGUAACUGCUUGUCAUCAGUAAUAAAAAAAAUGAUGAGGAAGAAAGUGAUGUCAAAUAAUAAGGAGAGAAAUGGUUUAUUCUACCCUACAGGAAAUCAGACAGUAAUGGAUGCUGCUUGUAAAACUAUUAAUAAAAAUACUAAUUUUUUAGUAUGUUUCAAGAAUAUGCUUUGCUUGUUGUAAUCAAACUCUCUUAGAAAUGGGUUAUGACCCUGUAAUCUGAUGUAAAGUGCCCCAAAGCACUAGGUAUCCAGAUAGAUUUUCUGUUGAGUGAGUGGGAUAGGAUGUUUUCUCCAAUGACAUGGAGCUAAGCAUGCGUACUGCAAGCUCUAUGCAUCAAUAUUACUCUCUAAUGCUUUGAUGCAGGUUGUGCAGUGAGGGAGGGUUAUUACAGUUUUAUCAAUGGGGUGGGAGGGUCUGUACAAAAGUUCUGAUAUAUAGAAUCCCUUCUUGGUUUCUAUUUUUCACACUACUGGAGGCUGUGUUUAGAUUACUGGGGAACCUUCCUUUUUGCAGGCAGGCAGAGGAAUAUUUGCAUGUGAAAUACCAAUCAGUCUCAGGCCAAACAUCUAACAGCAAUGGGGUCCCAUUAUAAGUGCUUUAGGAGUAGACAUUUUUAGUGGUUUUAUACUGUAAAAAAAUGUAAUUUAUUAUCAACCUUCCAGCUUUGGCAAAAUGUGAGGAAGUGUCUGUGGAAUAUAAAGAGACAAGUUCAUGAUUACAGACAAGUCCUCUCUUUGUUACUUUCAAGUAUCAUGGUACUUGGGUUUGGUGGAUCUUCAUGGGAGGUCUUGCCUGAGAAGUCUGUAAUGAGCGAUUGCACCACAAGGGAUAGUAGCCAUGUUUUUCACCUUGCAGAAAAAGAAUUAUCAAGAAUGUAUUUAAAGUGUAUCGUAGUUGACAUUUAGUUACAUUCUGGAUUAUAAAGGUGUCAAAAUCCACAUGGGGUUGUUACUGAGAAUCUUAGCUAUCCAGCAACAAGACCAUGUUACAAUGAAAUUUUCCUGUGACCACAUCAUCUGUUGACAAAAUGAGUCAGAAUAUGUGAAGAAAACACACAAAAUAAUAUGACUACAUAUAUGUUAAUGAAUUUUUCUUCAUCCAAUGAGAGGUGUUUCAGGCAUUCAGUUUUGCAAGUGGUCGAUUGGUUAUUCAGGGGACUUGGUGUCAGGACUCCUGUGGUCUGGUCCUGAUUCUUGCUGUAUGAUUUUUAGGUAAAUAAUUGAAACCUCUCUGUGCCUCAGUUUACCCAUCUAUAAAAUGGGGAUAAUAAUACUUAUCUACCUCACAGGAGUGUUGUAAGACUUAAUUAACGUCUGCAAAGCACUCUGAGGGUGAAAGGCACUCUGUAAGUAUUAUUAUAAUCAUUCUCUCUUGUCUCUAACCCUCUCUUUAUGGUAUACACCAUAGAGAUUUUCCUUCUGGGAUUUUGUUGCCUUUGAAUCUUGUAUGUAAUUAGAUUCCAACUUAAGGAAACUACUCCAAUUGUGUUUUCAGAGUGGAAUUUCUCCCUCCCCACAAUGAAUUUUGCUCACAACUUCUCAAGUUAGAGAACCUUUCCACAGAUUCCUUGUGUAAUUUAUGCUGUAAUAUUAUACUGAUUGUACAUAUCACCCAGAAAGAAUAUGUGAUAUUUUAUAUUUAUAUGUGUGUAUCAUGCAAGUUUUUAGAGUGGCUGACACUCAAACAUGACUUACUGAUUAAAAUUUUUUCUCUUGAAAGAGAAUUAUUGAUCAUUAGAAAUGAGCUGCUGCCUCUAACUGAACAAAAUAGUAAAUACACAUACAUGCCAAACAAAACCACAUUUAUUAAUUGACAACUAGUAGGAUUAUUUUCUUUUCAAAAUUGAAGCACAAAAUGGGGGAGGAAAAAUGCUAAUUGAAUGGGUAUUGCUCAUCUAAUUUCUUAAUAUAGAAAAAAAUCCUAUUUUUAGACCAAAGACUGAAUAGCUUACAUGAUGCGGUGAUAGGUUGUUCACGUUAUUUUGUUAUUAUUUUAAAUUAUUUGUUACUUGAUUUAGCAGACAUAUUAAAAUGUAACUUCUUAAUAUACUAUAAAUAAUAACGAAGCCAAAUAAUAGAAUGAUGUGAUAAGAAAUUAACUGGCUACUGAUUAUAUUACAAGAAAGCUCUUCCAGCAAUCAGUGGACCCCUGAGAUGAGCAUCAUUUUAAUUACUGCAAGACCCUACCAUAUCAAUACAAUUGCAAACUAUACUAUGUUG